UUAAGCCAUGAUUAUAUUGAUUAUUUAUGUACGUCACUAAUAAUUAUUUCCAAAUCAAUUCAUCCAAUGCAAUUAAUUAAUUGACAAGAUGAAAUCGUGGGGAGUGAUAGUGUUUUUGGUGGCUGUUGCCGGAAUACAGGUAUUCGCGGAGGAGCUAGCGUUUCCCGAAAAUGCAAGAAGCCCCUCCGGUGCCCGUAUUGUGUCCGGCUGGGAAGCCGCAGAGGGCCAGAUCCCAUGGCAGCUGUCCUUGCGCAUGGUGAACCCGACGGGAGCUGUGUCUUCAUGCGGUGGCUCCAUCAUCCACCCUGAGUGGGGUGUAACUGCCGCUCACUGCACUGCUACCCGCGUCACCAUGGUGCUCCGCGCCGGCGCCGUCAGCCUGUGGCGUCCCGAGCUCAUCUUCGAGACCUUCGAGUACUUUAACCACCCGUUGUACAUCGAUGCCCUGCAGUCCAUCGUGCAGCCUCAUGACAUCUCUAUUCUGAAGUUCCAACGUACCAUCACCUUCUCUGACCGUGUGCAACCCAUCCGUGUUCAGAACUCUCUUGAUAAGAACCGCAACUACGAUGGCGUCAGGCUUGAAGCUUCUGGCUGGGGUCGCACUUGGACCAACGGAGCUACUCCCGAGAACCUGCAGUGGGUGUACCUGACCGGAGACUCGAACCAACACUGCUGGUCUGCCUUCAGCGGGAGCUCCAUCGUCGUAGACUCCACCAUCUGCGCCAGUGCCUACAAUGUCACCAGUCAAUCUACUUGUCAGGGUGACAGUGGCGGCCCUCUCGUCGAGUUGGAAGAAGACGGCAAAUACACGCUGGUAGGAGUCACUUCCUUCGUCUCAGCCCUAGGAUGCCAUGCUGACAUGCCUGCCGGUUUCAUUCGUCCCGGGCACUACCACGAUUGGAUUACCGACGUGACCGGUAUCAAUUUCGACUGGGUCCCUGAACCGCCCACUGACUCCAGCGAGUCUAAAUCUAGCGAGUCUAGCUCCAGCGAGUCUAAAUCCAGUGAAUCCAGCUCUAGCGAGUCCAGCUCCAGCGAGUCCAAAUCCAGUGAAUCCAGCUCUAGCGAGUCCAGCGAAGAAAAAUCUGAAUCGAAGGAGUCUUCAGAAUCUAAGGAAACCUCUGAGGCAGAAACCGAGGAAACAACUGAAGCCGAAUCCAAGGAGACAUCUGAAGCCGCAUCCCAGGAAACAGUAGAGACGGAAUCUAAGGAAACCGCUGAGUCCAAAUCUAGCGAGUCCAGCUCCAGCGAGUCUAAAUCCAGCGAGUCCAAAUCCAGUGAAUCCAGCUCUAGCGAGUCCAGCGAAGAAAAAUCUGAAUCGAAGGAGUCUGCUCAAUCUGAGGAAACCUCUGAGGCAGAAUCCGAGGAAACAAUUGAAGCCGAAUCCAAGGAGACAUCUGAGGCCGCAUCCCAGGAAACAGUAGAGACGGAAUCUAAGGAAACCGCUGAGUCCAAAUCUAGCGAGUCCAGCUCCAGCGAGUCUAAAUCCAGCGAAUCCAAAUCCAGUGAAUCCAGCUCUAGCGAGUCCAGCGAAGAAAAAUCUGAGGCCGCAUCCCAGGAAACAGUAGAAACGGAAUCUAAGGAAACCGCUGAGGCAGAAUCCGAGGAAACCAGUGAAGCCGAAUCCAAGGAGACAUCUGAGACCGCAUCCCAGGAAACAGUAGAGACGGAAUCUAAGGAAACCGCUGAGUCCAAAUCUAGCGAGUCCAGCUCCAGCGAGUCUAAAUCAAGCGAGUCUAAAUCCAGUGAAUCCAAAUCUAGCGAGUCCAGCUCCAGCGAGUCUUCUGAAUCUAAGGAAACCUCGGAGGCAGAAUCCGAGGAAACCACUGAGGAAGAACAGUCUCGCCUUUUCUGGUCAGUUUUCCGCGGUGCCUCACUGCGUCUCUUUGGCAAAUAUUAA